AUGUUAAUGUGGCAUACGUCACUUCUAUGGUAUUGGUUACUAUCCAGUACAAUCGCGCAAGUCAUUCCAGAACCUAUAGAAAAUGAGCCUCCUUCAACUAUUAUCGACAUCUUAUCGUCACAAGUGGAAUAUCUGUACUUUUUAAGAGUCCUUCAACGUAAUGGAAUGAUACCAGUAAUAAAUCAACUACAAAAUAUAACUCUUUUAGCUCCUGUAAAUCUGGCAUUUGCAGGCGUUUCUUCUUUGAAUAUUGAUUGGGACAAUAAUUCCUUAUUGAGAUAUAUACUAGACCAACCAGUGUCAACUAUUAAUCUAGCUAAUGAAUCAACCGUGUUUAAUACCUUGUAUGAUUUGAAUUCAUAUCCAUUACUUAUAUCGAGAGAUCAACAACUGCUAGAAUAUUUAAUUGAUCAAGAAGCUGCCAUAGUUGAAUUAGAUGUUUAUGCGAUUCAUCAAAAUUCAUAUAUACAAGGUAUAGACAAAUUACUCCCCCAUAAACCAUCCAUGUGUGACUUACUUAUGUCAAAUGAUAUGGUAUCUAUUAAUGGACAUUCAAUUUUGUUUAUUAAACUGCUUCUUUCCCUGUUGUUCGAAAAGUCAACUUCAAUUGAUAAACAUAAAAAGAAAAAAGAUAAAAAGAAAAAGGAUGACUUCCCUACAUCUUGUGAUUCAUUUUUCAAUCAAACUGGUACUUUUUUCAUUCCAACGGAUGAUUAUGUUUUGCAAUCCUUGACGGAUUUACAAUACAAGUAUUAUACAAGUUUAUUUCAAAGUAAUGAUAGCCCUCAUUAUGAUUCAACAAAACAAGCAGAAAUUGAUAUUAAAAGUUCAAUAAUUGAAUUACUUGAAAACUUAAUGCUCAAUGAUUUGGUUGUUGGGACUAAUUCUUCACAACAUACAAGUGUCAACGGCCAAAUGGUGUACAAUAUAACUACGAGUAAAUGGUCUCAAACGAUCGCAUUAAAUGGCACAAUUCAUAGUACUUCACAUGCUUCGAACCUUGUGUUAUCAGACGGUGUUUUUCAUCUUUUCGACAUUGAAAAUAAUCAACCUACAUCAUUUUUCGAUCUGCUAAAUAUUCCAAUUGCUUCCAUGACUCCAAUGAGAGCUCUUUAUGCAUUCCAUUUUUCCAAUGUUGUAGAAGAACUUUAUUUCAGAAACCUCGAUUAUCUUGUUGAUGGGUCAUCUAUAAAUCAAACCAUUCUUAUCAAUAUAGAAGAUAGAGAUGAUGUACCGGAUAAUGAAGCACUUUCUUCAUCUCCAAUUUCAAUUGAAAGUUUCAGUUCGAAACAAACUUUAUUAUAUCAAUUUUUGGAUGAAUAUAUUGAUAUAUCAGAAUCUCCACUGCACUUUUUGGUGGAUAGUAAACUUUGUUCUAAAAAGAGAAUUGGUGAUUGUUUUAAAGUUAAAUUUUCAAUUUCUCAAGAUGAUAUAACUAUUAAUGACGUUGCUCAAACCAUUGGAUACCCUAUCAAAACUGAAAACCAUUCCAUCAUAUAUGUCACCAAUAGGGAAGUCCCUACACCAGGAUCAUUGAAACAUUCGCUCGUAGAAAUCAUCUCCAAUAAUGAUGCAUCUAAAUAUUUCCCUCAUAUUGACAUUGAUCAACAUAGUUGUUUGGAGUUAUUCAGUUAUUUGAAUCGGUUUGAUUUAUUUUCUCUCCCAGAUAAUGGUAAAGGAUAUUCAUUAUUUUUACCAUGUGGAAAACCAUGUGUUGAUUCAAAUAAGAAGUCAAAUAGUCCUUGGGGUGAGUUAGGAUUAACUUUGACGCAUUUACAACAAAAUCCAACGAAACUUGAACAAGUAUUAAAGGGAAUGAUUGUUAAGGGAACUAUUUAUUCUAAUUUUAAUGACGAUGAUAAAAAUUAUAAAAAUCUUAAUAAUGACAAAUAUUAUGUUAAAGAUUUUGGAUUUGCUGAAGAUUCAGGGAACCAUUUAAUUGGUCUUAAUGAAACUAUUUUACUGGUGCCAUUAAAUUCAGAUAUCUUAUUUAAUCAAGGGGUUGCCCAUAUCACCAGUAAUAUGAUUCUCCCCAAUGAUUUGACAAUUAAUAUUUCUGAUUUGAUCAAAACCACUAUCCAUUCAUCGGAUGAUCUAUCCUUUUUGAAUCUUAUUGAAAAAUAUCCUAAAUUAGCUAACAAAUUAAACCUUGAUGGAACUUCAAAUGAAUCUAAAUUUUCAUUAUUGGUUCCAAAUUCAGAAACGUUACUUGCUUAUAAUAUUACUCAAAGUUUUGAUCGUCUUUUAGAUUUUUUGGAAUUUCAUCUAAUUCCAGAAUCUGAAUUGGGAUCCUUAUUAUCUUGUAUUGAUGGCGAUAAGAGUAAAAUUGGGAAUAUUACUAGUAAUGAACAUAUUAUUAAAACCAAUUUUUCUGAUACGUCAUUAAGUUGUCAUCAAGGUAAUGGUAAAACUUAUUUACAAUUGAGAAAUAUGAAGGACUUUUCUACUCUAUCAUAUGACAAAAGUCAUGAAGUUCAUAUUGUUUCAUAUGGAUGCACCACUUCUAAACGUUCUGAUGGAAACCCUCAAGCAUGCGUAUUCUUAAUUGAUAAACCUCUUAAUUUAAAUUGGCUUGAUAAGCCAUCGGGGAAUUUCUUACAUGUUUAUCUUGGGAUGGUUAGUGUAGGGAUUGGUAUCGUCGUUGGACUUAUUAUAUUUGGAUUGGUAAUGCUUGGGGUUGCGUAUUGUCUUGAAAGAAAUAAUAAACAAAAACAAAAUGUCCUUAGUUCGGAUAUAUUUUCAACUUCAAACAAACCAAGUUAUAUGGAUGUUCGAAGUUCAGAGGAAAUUUUAAGUGGAUAUGAUGGUGGGUACGAAACUGAUGAUGAUAUGUUAAGAUCUGAACAUGAAAGAUUAUUACCUACUUAUAAUAAAAAGAAAAAGAAGAGAAAUAAUGAAGGAUAUGGGUCAAUUAGUGAUGAUCUACAACCGGCAGAACCGCGCCCAAUAAAUGGGAAGAGUAUUAAAAGUGCACUUAAUAGAGAGAGAAACUUACCAAGUAUGUUUUAA